AUGAAUUUAUUAGAUCCUAUUCAUGUCGAUCAAUCCAUAUCUUCAUAUUAUGUCAUAAGAAGUAAACUAGAAGAGAUAUAUGGUAAUGUAGCUAAGCAACUGGAGCAUGAAAAUGGUAAUCACAUAUAUUUACACAUAGAAUUGAAUGUAUUGUCUCACAUAAUGAAUAAUGACAAGGAAAGGAAAUUUAUAGCAGUUUCCAAGAGUUGCUGUUAUUUAUGUGAAUCGUAUAUCAGAUUUGCAAAAAUCAAAGGUCAUACUAUUGCCUUCUCUGGAUCACAUAAGAAAUUAUAUCAUAGGUGGAAACUUCCAGACGCCUUCAAGAAAGAAUUUAUGUCAAAUACUCUCUUUGAUCUCGAUUAG